CCCCUCUGUCACACGCUUCUGCCUCCCCUCCCUCCUCCCCUGCGUCCCUCUCUCUCGCUCAUUCACUCUCAUCUCUUUCCCUACAAGGCUGAACACAAACUGCAGGAUGUCUAUAGUGAACAUUGUUGCCAGGGAGAUCCUGGACUCUCGGGGAAACCCCACAGUGGAGGUGGACCUCUACACUGAGAAAGGACUGUUCAGGGCGGCAGUUCCAAGUGGAGCCUCUACUGGCAUCUACGAGGCUUUGGAGCUGAGAGACGGGGACAAGAGCCGUUACAAAGGCAAAGGUGUGCUGAAGGCUGUGGCUCACAUCAAUGACACCAUCAGACCCGCCCUCAUCCAGUCUGAGAUCAGCGUUGUUGAGCAGGAGAAGUUGGACAAUAUGAUGAUUGAGAUGGAUGGGACUGAAAAUAAGUCUCAAUUUGGCGCCAACGCGAUCCUGGGUGUUUCCUUGGCCAUAUGCAAGGCCGGAGCAGCGGAGAAGGGCGUUCCUCUGUACCGCCAUAUCGCCGACCUGGCGGGAAACGCAGAGCUGGUGCUGCCUGUUCCUGCCUUCAACGUGAUCAAUGGUGGGUCCCACGCAGGGAACAAGCUGGCCAUGCAGGAGUUCAUGGUGCUCCCGGUGGGGGCGGAGUCAUUUCGGGAGGCCCUGCGCGUGGGUGCGGAGCUCUACCAAACCUUGAGGGGCGUGAUCCGUGAAAAGUACGGCCAGGAUGCCACCAAUGUGGGCGAUGAGGGCGGGUUCGCCCCAAACAUCCUGGAGAACAGCGAGGCACUGGAGUUGCUGAAGACAGCCAUAGAGAAAGCCGGCUUCACGGACAAGGUGGUGAUCGGCAUGGAUGUGGCAGCGUCCGAGUUUUACCAAGACGGGAAAUACGACCUUGACUUCAAAUCGCCCCCCAACCCUGACAGACACAUCAGUGCCCAGGAGCUGUCCGAGAUAUACCAGAGCUUCGUCAACAAUUAUCCAGUGGUGUCCAUAGAGGACCCCUUCGACCAGGACGACUGGCCGGCGUGGUCCCAGCUGACAGCGUCCGUGGGGAUCCAGAUCGUGGGGGACGACCUGACGGUCACCAACCCCCGGCGGAUAGAGAAGGCGGUGGAGGACCGGGCCUGUAACUGCCUGCUGCUGAAAGUCAACCAGAUCGGCUCCGUCACCGAGGCCAUCCGGGCAUGCAAACUGGCGCAGGAGAACGGCUGGGGAGUGAUGGUGAGUCAUCGCUCGGGCGAGACUGAAGACACUUUCAUUGCUGACCUGGUGGUGGGGCUUUGCACUGGACAGAUCAAGACUGGAGCCCCCUGCAGAUCAGAGCGGCUGGCUAAAUACAACCAGCUCAUGAGGAUUGAAGAGGAAUUGGGUGACCAAGCGCGCUUCGCCGGGCACAACUUCCGAAACCCGAGCGCUCUGUGAAAGUGCCGCACGGACGCCGAGACACACCGACGCGACGAUUCACUGGAACCUACGGACAGACGACAGGCAGGAUCAGACCGAGACCCAGCGGGAGCGCCGAUGCACCAGAAACGGACAGACACAGACCGACUCACUGAGCGAGACCUCACCAAAUAGUCACCGACUCACUGUCGGGCACUGCACGCGCAGUCAGAUGCGUCGACUGACUGAUCAAUUUAAUGGCCGACGGAUAUGCACUUAAGAGACUGACUGCUUUACGUACGGAAGAAAGAGCAGUGUGUAGCAGAGUCUCUGUCUCUCUUUCACUACUAACACAGAAAAGCACUUUGUCUAGCUCCCCCGCUUUCCUUCCCCAGUCUCCUUUGCUCUUUCUUUCCCUCUCCAUUCACUCGAUUGUCCACAUAUUUCACCCACUUCAGGACCCCCUCUUUCAGCGUCUCUUUCCACGACUGCUGUCCUGACCCCCAGACCUCACUUCAGCUUACCUCUUGCUGUAUCCCCUUACCCCUAUGCCCGUAGAGGCAUUAUUCAAAUGCAACGCUUGCCACAGAACUACAAAUAAAGAGAUAAAUACUUCUGAUGAUUACUCAAACCACA